AUGCCAACGUUCGUAGAGGGCAAGGCACUUGAAGAAGAAGAAGAAGCAAGGUAUUGGAAAUACCCGAAGUAUGUCUUCCCACAUCAUCAGGCGGGAGAUGCUAAGAGAGAGGCCACCAAUACCACUAAGAAGGCCCUAGCAAUCUUCGUGGCCAUUUUUACCAGAGAUGAAGCUGAAACAAAUUCUGAACGAAUUUAUUCAAAUUCAUCCAGAAGCAGCAUUAUUAACCCAAGCCGAUAUAAAAAAAAAAUAAAUGGACUCAGAAGCCAAUUUUUUAAUGAAAAUAAUAAAAUUAAUAAAAGUAAAAGAAGUGGAGCCGGCGCUACAUAUGUCUACAAACCUACUUGGUGGUGCUUCGAUUUAUUGCAAUUUUUGAGUAAUAGUUCCACAACUAGGAAAAGCUCAUCCAAUUUGAGCUCUCAAGAACAAUCUGAAAAUUCACGAGACAUAGAUGAUUCUGAAGAGUUACCGGACAUUUUUUUUAAUGACAAUCUCGAAGUACUAGAGUCUGAAGACAAUGUUGAAAAUGUUCCAAUAGUUUCAACUCCACAGGCUUUACCGAGUGCUUCACAUUUUCAUGGCGAAUCUAGCUCCCAACCUGGCUAUUCUGAUAAAAGAAAAAAAAGAAAAAUAAAUGACGAAGAAAAACAUCAGUCUACUAUGAGUUUAUUACAACAGGCUUCUUCAUUGCUAGGUCAGGAAACUUCAACGGAAGCACUAGACCAUAUUGGAAAUUUUGCACAGUAUGCUACUACAGGGCCCGCUCUAGGGACGGACGACCCGGACAUUAUUUUGUCUGGGGCCGCAAAAAUAAAAGUCGGCCUUUUUGGUGUGAUAAUGGUUGGAUCAGAAUUGAGGAAUAUCAAGAGCCCUCAAAUUCUUAACAAACUCAAGAGGAGUAUAUCGCAACUGUUGUUCGAUGCACAAGACGAAGAUCAGAAUCAUCAGUUUUAA